AUGAUGCGUUAUGUGUCGGAGACAGACGAUAGGGAUUUUGUUGAUCGGUUACACAGCUAUUUCACUACAAAUUUGCUGAUUGGGCUCUCAAUUCUUAUCAGUUUUAAACAAUUUGGAGGGAAGCCUAUUGAGUGUCUCGUCCCAGAUAUUUUUUCUGGUGCUUGGGAACAGGAUACUUAUUUUGUAGCACCUUCUACUUUUGUGGAGAAUAUUUCUAAAGUCGAUAGGGGACAGAGGAGAAUUAGCUAUUACCAAUGGGUUCCUUUUUUUCUUCUGUUGGAGGCUGCCUGUUUUCGUCUUCCCUAUCUUCUUUGGUCUUACAUGUCUGGGCAUUCAGGCAUAAAAAUUAGUGAAAUAAUUAAAAUGUCUUCUGAUCCAAACAACAUAAAACCAGAAAUUCGGAAGGCUAAUAUACGUGCCAUGACUCUUCAUCUACAAGGAGCUCUUCGUUUUCAUAAACAUUUAAAGAAACACCAAAUUCGCCCACAUCGUAUUGUUCGCCUUUUUAAUUUGCCAUAUUCUGCUUCUUAUGUUACCGUUAUUUAUUUGCUAACAAAAUUUUGUUAUCUUUUUAAUGUUUCAUCUCAACUUUUAAUUAUGAAUAGUUUUUUGGAGACAAGUAAAUACUCUUUUUAUGGAUUUGGAGCACUACUUGAUUUGUUAAAUGGUACAACUUGGGAACAAAGUGGAGUUUUCCCCCGUGUUUCUCUUUGUGAUUUUGAGGUCAGAGUGAUGGGUAAUUUACAAGAUUACACAAUUCAGUGUGUUCUAGUCAUAAAUAUUUUUAAUGAAAAGAUUUUUGUUCUUCUUUGGUUUUGGUAUUUAUGCCUGCUUACUUUAACUUUUGGUUCUUUCCUUUUUUGGUUAAGUGUUGUUAUUUUCCCUUGGCCAAAUCGACGAUUUAUUGCAAUGCAUUUGGAAAUGUGUGAAAUGACUUUUGAUCCUUAUGGCAAGGAUUUAAUUUUAAUUGACGUUGAACGUUUCAUUAAUGAUUAUUUACGUCUUGAUGGCCUUUUUGUAAUUCGAUUACUUACACUUCAUACUGGUGUUAUUUUUGGCACAGAAUUAGUCCAAUCUCUCUGGAUAAAUUAUUUUGGUUAUGAAGGAACUGCUUUAAAGCGUUGUUCUUCUUUUCCUGAUGUUAACGAAUUUUCACCAAAUAGCAAAAACAAAAAAUUUUGUUUGUUCAAUUUUUAUAAAAUUAAAUUUUUUUAA